AUGGCAGAGGUACAAUCAUACCAACGUCCUCCUCAGGUGUUCAUCAGUUUCCAUAGAGAUGAAUUGCGCGACAACUUCAUCAGAUAUCUUGUGUGGGCACUGAUAGACGAAAGAAUCAACGUUUUCAUUGACAGAGGAGAAGCAAAUAAGAGAGAAAUACGAAACUUUUCCACAAUGAUCGAGGAUUCAGACAUAGCGGUCGUCAUCUUCUCCAAAAGGUAUACAGAGUCAGAGAUUUGCUUGAACGAGCUUCAAAAGAUGCACGAGCACGCUGAACAAAACAGACUCAUGAGGGUGAUUCCUGUCUUCUACGAUGUGAGCACGAGUGAUGUGAAGAACCUCGAGGGUGAAUUCGGUACUCAUUUCAAGGAAAUGAAGGAGAAAUACAGAAACGAUCCUCUCAAGUUCUUGAAUUGGGAGGGUUCCUUGAGUUCAAUAGCUUGCAGAACCGGUUUAACUUCAGAAGAACACGGAACCGGUUUAGGUCUUGUCAGGGAAAUCGUACGGUCGGUUAAUAGCGAGCUACUAUACUCCUCAGGAGCCGGAAGAAGAACUAUGUCGAAAGGACAAGUUUAUGUUUUGGCUUUAGCUGCGGUUUUUCUCUUUAGUCUCUUCGCUGCUCGUUUCUUUUGCACUGAUGUGAAAGUUUACAAGGCUGUUAAGUGUUUACUAGGUAUUCCAGUUUUGGUUGGUGUUUUGUACCAGGUUUAUUGUCUAUGAACACAACCGAACAGAUGACCUCUUCAUUGAAUACCAAGUCUUAGUCAAAUGGCUUUACACUGUUUUGUUGUACAUGUGUUUAAUUGUUUGUUACUAUACCUCAAAGAACAAAAUGUGUCCUCUG